GGAGGAGCAGAGAGGGGAGGAGGAGAGUGGGAUGGGAUGUCGGCACAUUUGGUGUCCAUAAAUCCCUGGUUUAAGUCUGUGGUCUGUGAUUCCUCACCCAGGACUCACUGCCUCCUCACACGCUGAGGGAGAAGGAGGGGAAAGAGGAGAGGAAAUAAAGAGGGAGGGUGUGUGUGUGUGUGUGUGUGUGUGUGUGUGUUUGGACAAAAAAGAAGAUUCAGCACCGGAGCUGUCCACCACUCCUGGAGGAAGUCUGUGCACGGUCUCUGAUCUGAGGAGGAGAGGAGACGAAGAGGAAUAAUCAAAGUGCUGUGCCAUCCAUCCAUCCAUCCAUCCAUCCAACCAUCCAUCCAUCCAUCUACGCCCCCCCCCCACCCCCCGUCCUUGCAGAGCAGGGAGACAAACACUUCGUCCUCACAGUAAAGUCCUGUCAUGCUGCACGGCACCGACUGAGGAGGAACCAGGAGGAAGUCCACAGUGAAGGUCUCAGGCAGCUCCAGCCUCCACACGCCUGUCAGCCAUGGGCGUGCUCAUGUCCAAGAAGCAGCAGGUGGAGAAGGUGCAGAAAUGCAGCGCCGUCGUCUCCGCCUUCCAGGCCGGCCUAAAAGACCGCCCCGCCACGGGCAAACCUGAAGGAGACGCCGAGGAAGGCGAGGAGGGUUCUCCCAGAACGUCCGCCGCUCCCGAGGAGAAGAGCGCGGAGGAGGCAGAGAGGGAGGAGACGGACAACGGCUCCGCCCCCUCCACCUCCAGACAGCCCUCCUUUCAAAACAGGGACGAGUGUAAGGUCAACCAGGAGGCCUGGUCCAGGCUGCGGGACGGUAAAGGGGUGGAGCCAGAGGACAUGGAGAAGACACACCAACUCACACCGCCCGCUUUUGUGAGGCCUAAGAGGGAACCUGAUGAUGACCAACCUGUGGAGGUGGAGCUGGAGCAGAAGGAACAGCCGCCCAGAGAUGAGAUGUGCGAUGUGUGCGAGGUGUGGACGGCCGACGACCUUUACCCCUGCAGGGUCUGUACUCGGGUGUUUCACGACGGCUGCCUCAGAGAGCUGGGGUACCUGAGGGCGGAGGCCCUGCAGGAGAUGAGGGACACGGCCCACACUGUGACAGGAUGGAGCUGCUACUACUGUGACAACCUGAACCUCCUGCUGACGGAGGAGGAGAUGUACAGCCUCAUGGAGACCUUCAAGCAGUGUAAGAUCAUCCCAGAGUCGUGCCUGGUGUCGGACGAGCUGCUGCAGUAUCGUCACUUCGUGUCCAAGCAGCAGUUCGACAAAGACCUGACCGACGAACAGGAGGAGGAAGUCCUGGCCCAGUUCGCUGCACUGGACCCUGAGAAAAAGGGUCAGAUCGAGUGGUCCGACUUCCUGUACUUUGAGUCCCUGGCCAUGUUGAGGAAGUUUCGCACAGAGAACUCUCUUGUGCGUGUGUUGACUGCCAAAGAGCGAGACAAGGCUCGGUCUGUGUUUCUGGGUCUGGAUCUUGAUAAGGACGGGUUGAUCACCAGAGCAGAGUGUCGCCAGGCUCAGCAGUCCUGGUUCCACAACCUCAACAAGGACUCGCAGUCCUGCAACGUGAGACUCAUGGGACUCUGCUCUCCUAUGAAUUGUGGUAUAAGUCAAGUUGGUCCCAUCUGUGAGAGCAGCCCAGGAAGUUCUGGAAGUGAUCGGAGCAAAGCUGGGGACAACAGGCCGGUGAGCUGGGCAGACUUUUUAAGGGAGAGCGCCAUCUAUAUUCUGGCUGCUCGGCCCAAUAGCUCUGCCAUGCACAUCCAUCUCCCUCUAUAGUCCUGGACACACGGCUGCACACAGGCAGAGCGACCCAGAGUGAGAGAGUUGGAAUCCUUGUACGAGCUGAAGAAGGCAGAUAUAACGGCGCAGGAACACGAAUCACCGGUGAGAGGCGGCGGGUCAAGACGUCAGCAGAGUUUCUCCACCGCUGCUUCAACUCCAACCACAUCACUGACGCAGCAGAGACAGCAGCAGUGAACAGAGAUUAAUCAACCCCCCCCCACACACCCCCUAGACAUUUCCAGUCAAGAGAACAAACACACUCAUGAACACACUGAUGGUUUUCAAUGCACAGAGCCGUGGUUUCAGGUCACACAUGGUGUCAACAAAAACGUAAUCGAGAACAACUGGUCCAAUCUACACCUGACUGUUUUGGGCCUUUUAUUUACCAACAAUAUCAUUACAAGUCCAAUGCAACAUGAUCCAGGUCUCACUUCAUUUAAGAUGUGAUUGAAUUUGAUGUUUAAGAAACUCAAAAUGAAACGAUGAUUGGCUGAAUCUGCAAAGGUCAAGCAGGAAGUGACACAGUAAAAUGUGAGCGAUAUAUUGCGUUUGAGCGCUUGUUACGAGGUAUCUAGGGAUGUCCGAUAAUAUCGGUCAACCAAUAAUAUCGCCCGAUAUUAGCAUAAUUACGUAAUAUAUGUAAGAAUAAUUUUUUCCUCUGAUAUUGAAAACCCGAUGUUUUCUGAGUUUCGCCAAAUGAUGACUGUUAUAAAAAUAGCUUAAUGAACCUUUAGUGAAACACAACUGCAGUAACAGGUUCUAACCUCCUGUCAGCAGGUCAUACAAAUCCAAACUCAAUUUUAUUAAUUUAUUAUAAAAAAACAUAUUUUUAUGACAGUCACUUGAGAUGUGCCACACUACGUCAAGUCGGGUCAGCUGGUCGCCAUGGUGACGCGGAUCAGCUGGUCGCCACGGUGACAGCGGGUCAGCUGGUCGCCACGGUGAAACGGUGGUUGUCAUUAUGGUGGUGGAGGAAGUGCAGCUCAGAACCAACCAAACACCAUGGUUUCCUGCUCCUGUUGCAGUGACCUUGUAAUGAUAUUUUGAGCAGGUUGAGAUUUUAACCUGACUAACUCCCAGUUUGUGUUAACGAUCUGGAACGACUGCACUAUGUAUUAAAAACAAUCGGAUUUUCUACGACACUCACACAGCUACACUGCAUCACAGCCGCCCUCACCCCCCUGACUCCCCCCUCCACCCCCCCAGCUGCUGCAGGUACGUUCAUCUGACAGACUAAUAAUCUUCCCAGUGUUCAUUGCUCCGGGGUCUCAUCAGGUCCUAGUAAUAAAAGUGUGCGCCUGUACUGGGACCGUGUUAGUCAACGUCCAAUCUGUUAAUCACGCCACUCGUGCCGCCGUACGCCGAUUCAUCACAGCUACACUUCGACAAAUGAAUUCUCUCCAGAGAGAAGACGGAGCCCCGCAGCUGCCGUUGUAUCAGAACAGGAACGAUCUGUAUCUGCAUUCAUGUUAUAUCAGAAUGAAUCACUGUAAUCCAUUUAGCAGAAACACCCCAUAUUUAUUCCUGUAUCCACCGCUGUAGCCUCUGUUCCUUUACUCCCGUGUCCAUCCCAGAGUCCUUGUUCUACUGAGGAAAGGGAGAACAGACGGUGACUGGUGUACUGUAUAUAUAUAUACUGCCACCCAUUAAAGAGUUUGUCGCUGC